CAAAGGCGUAAAUUGUGCCUUCUCGAGUUAUGGUGAUGCACGUGCAACUGGCAGAAGCACUGGCGAAGGUGGACAAGCCGACCCAGAAGCUCCUCAAACAUGUCAUCCACUAUGAACCAGUGCAGCAGAUGCUCUGCACCUUUCUGGCCGACACAUCGCGGUCAUUCGAAGAUUGGAUCUGGGACCCCAAGACCCGUGACGUGCUAAGUCGAUUGCAGUCGCGGGUGGAAUUCGCUGGACCUCAAGCUGUCAAGAGCGACCCGACACUUCAAGCAAACUACGAAGACGCACUCGUCAAUGGCAUCGAUCACAUGGACGUCGAGUCGUUCUUCGCCGCCGCAGAUGCCGCCAAGCAGGCCGGCAAGUUGCAUUUCGCCGAAAAGCGGUUUGAUGCGGCACUCAAUGCGUUCCGAAAAGCUGCGGAUCUUCUCAAACCCCAGCUAGAACCAUGCGAAUCUCCCUCGAUCCUCACGCCUCUGUUUGUAACCUCGUGCACCAACGCUUCAAUCUGCGCAAUAAGGUUGCAGCGGUGGCCAACCGUGCGCGAGUACGCCCAACUGGCCCUUGCUCAAAGCCCCAGCGACGGGAAGGCGUGGUAUUGCCUGGCCAAAGUGUUUCUAUGGGAGCAUCGUUACGACGAAGCCAAGGACGCGGCAGAGAAGGCGGCACUUGCGAAUCCAUCCGACAAGUUGUGCCGCAAGGUGCUCCACGACAUCGACGUCCUUCAAGCUCGCCGCGACGACCAGACGGCAAAGGAUGUCGAGCAGCUUCGACACGAAGCCGAACGACUGCGUCUGGAAGAAGAGACCCGACGACGUGGCCUGCCAGCCGAGGACGCCGCGUAUAAGCCACGAUUCGUGUGGCUGCCCCAUCCAACAUCCCCCAAAUCGCCCACGAGCAACUUGCACACGUACAUGCAACGGAGCAAGGAACACAUUACGAUCGAGUUUGGCCAGCUCCACGACCCAGAGAAUGGCGAACCUCCAUUGUUUGAGUGCGUGGUGACCAACCAUUCGUCGAAAACGCGACUGGCGACCGCCCGCGCGCCGAGCAAAAAGGCGGCUCAAGCCAUAGCGUCCGAAGUAGCGAUCUUGAAGCUGUGGUUCGAUCGUCACGCGGCCAAUAACUUGCACGCUGACGACCAAUCGUACUUGGCUCAACACCCCGAAGCGCUAGAGGCGGCUUUGGCGGUGGACUACUCGAUUGUGCACACGGUGUUGAGGUCGCAGUUGAAGCCAACAGCGCCAUCGACGUACACGUGCGCCAUCUUCCUGAACGACCUGGACAAAGGCAUGGCCCCAGCCAUGUACCUGAACCAACUGCACUCGCAAGGCAAGCUCCACAUUGACUACGACAUCGCCGACCUCUCGGACCUUCGCAACAACAUUCAACUGUUUCGCGUGUCGGCCGUGCUCAAUGGGCGCGUGGUGGCCACGCACGAGUGUCCGUCCAAAAAGACCGCAAAACAACAAGUGGCCAAGGUGGCACUGGACGUGGCGCUACGGGAAAGCCGCGCCAUGUUCCCUGACCAAGUGGAAGAGCCGUCGUCGUUAUGGCAGUGAAUGUGAGUGUACAUUACAGCAAUGUCACAAGUAAAAGUAACGGGGAAAGGCUUGAAAAUGGCGGCAAUAAUGACGUGGGAAAUUAACAAGCUUACUGGAGUACUCUCGAGGAGUAUUUAUUGACCAAGGGCCCACAGUCGUAUUAAAGUUAUCGUACUACAGUACUAUUUCUAAUAUUAAUAGUCUUAGUUACCAGUACUGUACUAACUGUAAGAACUCUAAUCAAAUUUUGCUUUGCAC